UCUCACAUCACACACACACACAGAGUCACAAAGUCAGAAGAGACACUUUAUGGAGGUUAAAUCUUCACAAAGAAGUGAACCUUGGCAGUUGGCUGUCUGAUGCAAAGAUCAAUGUGAACCAUGUCCGAGAACAUUCUGGAGGACAUCUUCAUCAAACGCUCCCAACAAAGGAGGAAGACCUCGCCCUUGAACUACAAGGAGAGAUUAUUCAUUCUCACGCGGGACAAACUCUCCUACUACGACUACGAUCCGGACAAAGGGAAGCGUAAAGGUUUGCGGGGCUCCAUCGACCUGGACAGGAUCAAGUGCGUGGAGACGGUACAGACGGAGCCCAACAGCCCUCAGGAGCGCAUGCACGCAUUCCAGGUGAUUUACGACGAGGGGCCGCUGUACAUCUUUGCCAAGACCGAGGAAGUCCGGGCUCAGUGGAUAAAGAAGCUGAAAGAAAUGGUGCAGUUUAACAAGGACCUGAUGCAGAAGUACCACCCUUGCUUUUGGAUAGACGGCAUGUGGCUGUGCUGCCAGCAGGAAGUCAAACAAGCGGUGGGCUGCAAGGUUCUGGAUAGUAAGAAUGGCUUCAUGUCCAAAUCUUCACGAAGGGGAUCGCGCAAACCUCUUCCCCCGACUCCGUCAGAGGAGAAGCCUGUUCGGCCGUUACCUCCGCAGCCCCCUGAGUCGGACGCCCCCUGCGUUGGUAUGAGCGUCACCGCUCAGUACAACCACCCGGCCAUGAUGCCACACGACCUGGAGCUGAGGAAGGAUGAGGAGUACACCAUCCUAGAGAUGUCCGACCCAAACUGGUGGAAAGCCAGGGACAAAUACGGGAAUGAAGGUUAUAUACCCAGUAAUUAUGUGGUGCAAGCUGCAAACUGCUUAGAAAGAUAUGAUUGGUAUUGCAAGAAUACAAACCGUAGCCAGGCAGAGAAGCUACUGAAAACUGAGAAUAAAGAUGGCGGCUUCUUGGUGCGAGACUCAAGCAAGCCAGGGAAGUACACAGUGUCUCUAUUCAGUAAAGGAGGCGGAGAGACUGGUGGGCUCUGCAAACAUUACAACAUCUGCACCACACCGAAAGGACAGUUCUAUUUGGCCGAAAAGCACAACUUUUGCACCAUCCCUGAGCUAAUUAACUACCAUCAGCAUAAUGCAGCAGGUAUGUUCAGUAGGCUGAAACACAUCGUGUCCAACCGGGCACGACCUCCAUCAACAGCAGGUCUUGGUUAUGAUACGUGGGAGCUGGACCCCUCCUGCCUCACCUUUAUCAGGGUCCUGGGCACGGGUCAGUUUGGAGUGGUGCAGUAUGGAAAAUGGAAGGGCCAGCAGGAUGUGGCUAUUAAGAUGAUUAAAGCGGGCUCCAUGUCAGAGGAGGAGUUCAUUGAGGAAGCCAAGAUCAUGAUGAAGCUCCACCAUGAGAACCUGGUCCAGUUGUACGGAGUGUGCACCAAACAAAGCAGCAUGUACAUUGUAACCGAGUUCCUGUCCAACGGCUGCCUGCUCACCUACCUCAGGGAGGGCCUCAGGCACCCGACGUCCGUGCAGCUCCUGGAGAUGUGCAAGGACGUUUCAGAGGGAAUGGCGUACCUGGAGUCCAAGCAAUACAUCCACCGGGAUCUGGCUGCAAGGAACUGCUUGGUGGAUGGCAACGGUACAGUCAAAGUGGCUGACUUUGGGCUAUCCAGAUACGUCUUAGACGACGAGUACACAAGCUCAGCCGGGUCUAAAUUCCCAGUCCGGUGGUCGCCUCCGGAGGUUCUCCUAUACUGCCGAUUCAGCAGCAAGUCGGACAUCUGGGCUUACGGGAUUCUCAUGUGGGAGGUGUACAGUUUGGGGAGGCUUCCGUAUGACCGGCUGAACAACAACGAAAUAGUGGAUCGGGUGUCCCGAGGCCUCCGACUGUACCGUCCUCAACUGGCGUGCGACAAAGUCUACAGCAUCAUGUCGAGUUGCUGGCUAGAAAAGGCAGACGAGAGGCCCACCUUUGUGGAGCUGGUGUUCACUGUUCAGGAUUUGUUGUAUGAACUCCAGUAGAUCACAGCAUCACAACAAGAAGCCUGGAAUAUGAAUACAGUGUUCCCUCACUCUAUCACGGUUCACCUUUCGCGGAUUCGCUGUUUUGCUGAUUUUUUUUUUUUGUGCUUUUUUUUUUUUAUUACAUUGUAUGAACGCUGUGACAGGCUGAGCCUGGCUCUUUAAGAAGAAUUGCAUUGUGGGAAGGUGAGUGUCUCUCUUCCCUCGCUCAGCUAUCUGCACCGCCCAUUGUUUUCUGCGUCCUGAUUGGCUGUAGACCUUUGUCAAUCAAUCUCCUUCGUGCCGCCUUGCGAGUCUCCUGUGUCAUCGCUAGCUUGUACAUAAAUCUUCGCUUCGAAGGACUGCAGCAAUAUGUUUAAACAAGAAUACAAAAAUGCUACGGUACAGCGGAACGGCGCCAGGACGAAAAGGCACGGUCACAGGAGAAAAAUACACAUGAGUGACUUAAAGGGGACAUAUUAUACAAAUUUUCGGGCCUUUGUAUUGAGUUCUGGACUCCUAUAGAGCAGCUACACACGAUAACCCACACAAAGCUUUCUAGAUCUUCCAGACUCUGUACCUCUUCCCGCAGUGUUUACUUGGGUUUCCUGCCUCCCACCCAAACAGUCUGUGUAAUUUACUCCACGCCCUGCCCUCCUCCAGGUACGCCUCCCAGAGAGCCCACUCCGCUAUGAUUGGUCACACUCCUUCCGCUCGCAGUAUGCACACUCUACAGUAUAAUGCUACACAGACAACUGCUUUUGUCUGAUUACUUACACAAAACAAACACAGUUAGGACAUUGAUAAAUUGCUACUUACAGCUUGCUCUUCUGACUCUUCAACACAACCAAGUUGGAAAGGCCUUGGACUUCAGCAACAGUUUGGCGGAUAGUCCAGCUCACCAAACAGUCCCGUUUGAAGUGCCGUUGACAGAUAAGCAUAUUUUUCUCUUACUGGUCGGGAAUCAGCAACUCCAAUCACUUCUGCCUGAUGCUUGCCUCUUUAGGCACACCCAAACAAACAUUUCCUGGGAGCCAUACAUGCUAAUACGGGGAACAGAGCAGAGCGGGGGCAGGGCAGGCCUACAGCGUUUAGUGUACAAGGAAGUCCGGGUUGCGUUGACGUCAGUGGAACUCGGUAGUUUAAAAAAAAAAAAUUCAAACACAGCGUGCAGAGCCAUCCAAAACUGCUUUCAGGUCUCACUUCCAAGUGCGCAAACCUCAUUAUCUGACGCGUUGGCAUCGUUUGACAUGAGAACACAACAUUGUAACAACAUUUAUAGUUCAGAAAAGAAGAAGAGCAUUAUUGGUCCCCUUUAUUAAUUUAUUGUGUCCUACCUGUAGGUUGAUCAUUAAAAUUCAAACAAAGGUUUGAACUUUGAGAGUGUUUAAACAAGAGAGAAAUGUGAUCAAAUGUUCAUGCCUGUCUGAGAAAAGUGUAUGGUGAGGCGUUUUACAGCUUUAAAACACAUCUAAUCAUUGUAAAAACAAUGAAGUUGGCUACUUCGAGGAUUUCACUUUUUUGGGAACCUAUUUCCCGCGAUAAACGAGGGAACACUGUACAGCGUUUACAAUGUUUAAAAUGUUAUAUUGUGUUGACAUAGCUCACACGUCAUUCAUAUCUACCGGACUAGAAUGCUUUGUUGAACUCAAAAGGGACAAUCUGACUUGAAGAGUUUCAAUGUUUAAGUUAGCUUUUUAAAUGCAUAUCUCAAUGCACAAAUAAAAGU